AUAUUUGGUCCCGCAGCUUACUUGAUCUUUCCAUCAGUUUGUUACGGAUUGUCAUUCUGUGUGCAGCAGCAGCAUCAUGGUGCUUUGAUCACGCCAUCAGCAGUUCAGUUUCAUCCAUCCCCUUGCCAUAUCGCGUACUUCGGUGUCGCGAGUAAAAAGCCUUCGGUCUAAAAAGGUGUCCGGACACGAGUUCAAAAGUUCAAAGUGAAACUGUAAUUAAUAAAACCAAAGCUUUAAUCACUAAGCCAAACAAAUUCAUGCUAGUGAUAACCGAUUCGUAAGUGAAAAUAGCCCCCCUUGGGUGUCAAACGAACAAACAAAAAAAAACUUCUAGUGACUUACACGUGCCAAUUAUUGUCUAUCACAAGAGACCGAAAAAAAAUUGGGAAAUCUUCGCGCGUGCAAUCUAAGUGCUGCGGUGAAGCGUUACGGUAGCUACAGUUAAGCCUGGCUGGCGUAUCCCGUUUGUUCCGACGGGUACCGACUUCCCGUAGUUGGCGUCUGAAGCACAUUACAGCAAGAUUAUGUGCAAGGAGCGGCUGGUCUACUCAGAUGAUAAUUUUGCACCGCUGGCGUAGGGAGCCAACGCGGGAACCUCCUUAGGAAGUGAACUCCAACUCCUACAACUCCAAGUGCCUCCGAUUAUCAGUUCGCUUCGUUUCGUCACCACGUGACGCCAUCUUCCUGUGGGGCGGUGUAAUUGAAUGUAAUUCAUCCUUCAGACAUUCGCGGGUCGUCGCGAAUUUUCCCUUCGCUUAUUUCUAUGGGCUAGCUGUUGGCUGGGCCAGCGGAAGGCACCGAUCGUUGCCACCGAGCAUCGCAAAACCCGAUCAACAAUGUAUCAAGCCGCGCGCACCGUUGCGGCGUCGAGCUCGAGCCGGUUGCAUUCACCCGUCGCCUGGAACCGGAAGUCGGCGCAGGAGUACUACGAUCUUGAGGCGGGCGAAACCGAACGGACGCCGCUACUGUACGCGAGGGAUAAUUCGCGCGAAGCAUUGCGCUAUCGGGCGAAGCUGCGCGCAGAUGAUCCGAACCGGGUGCAUCCGGUGGCGUUAGGUCUUAUGGUGGCGUUGCUGAUAUUCCUGCUGCUUGGUGUCGUGAUCGGCGUGUAUCUGCUGCUACUAACGAUCCAACGUCCGUGGCCCGUUUCGCAUCCAUUCUUUCUCGUCGAACGACCCGCCUGGUGGCAAUAUCCGGUAGCACUAGAAGCGGCAACUCUUGACAAACAGGCCAUUACGGAUGUGGUUGUGGUGCACACGGACUCGGAAAGUUGCUACGAUCAGGAGAAGUGUGUGCGCUUUCUGCAAAACACCGAGCAAAGCUGUUGGUCGGUUAGACGAGAGCACAUUCCGUACAACUUUCUCAUAGGAGGUGACGGUGUAACGUACGAAGCACGUGGCUGGAAGAGUCAGCACGGGUUUGAGGAUCUUCCCGGACAGAACACGACUCUGGUGGUGGGCAUGAUCGGUAACUUCACCGAUCGCCAACCGACGGCAAUACAGUACGCUGAGUUGAAGGCAUUCCUUACGGAGUCAAUUCGUCGCUUAAGUCUAUCGUCACAGUACCGAUUGCAUGGUGCCAUUAAUACUACCCGUGCCGCGAAUGACGGUGCCGCCCUGUACAACCAGCUCCAGCGAUGGCCCCACUGGAAGGGAUACGUUAACCAGCAGAUGUGAUCUUCGGAUCCUCCAAAUCUUCUUCCGCUCGGGAAUGUUGUUCCUGUGGGACAUUUUAUUGGCAAAACUGCAGCAUUUUCUUAGCUUGUACAAGAUUUCCGACGAUCAACCUUUCCUUUCGCGUAUACCUACUAAUAUCUAUCGUCUAGCCUGUAGGGUUGGGUGUUGUGAUUGUAGUUCUAAAGCAUUAACGCAGUAGAUAAUUGUGUCUUAUGCUAGCAGCACUGUUCAGGUGCUUUAGUUUCGGACGGGAAGCGCAUUCGAACUCACACUUGAAAAUUAACGCAAUAUUUGAAAGGAAAUGAAACAAAACAAAAAAAAAACAGUGAAAAUAGUAUACAAACCAACGAAACGAAAAACAAAACAAAAGGAAAAUACAAAAUCAGUAAAGCUACCAUACACAACGUUAUACUAAA